GCAUGGCCUGUGGUAUCAGAAUGCGAUUCCAUGUCUGCUUGUUGGCACUGGAUACCUAUCGACGGUGACAUAGCAUAUGCGGGCGGGGUGUGCGGUCCGACGAUAUCUUCUUGAACAGCCUCCGUCUCGUCACAAAGUGUCGGCGUGGCCGCAAUGGGCGCCAACAGAUACUGUAUGGAGGUUCGAGAAGGCAUUGCUAUCGGAGGGUUUGCUGAGUAUGUUGUUGGGUAUUGCCGCACUAUUUAUGUCGAUGAUUCAAACUGCGCACCUGUUGCUCUUCGCCAAAUUAGGCAUGCCAAACUUGCGCAGGUGGUGCCGAGUACUGGUCGUCAAUGGUCGUCACGGCCGUGGAGAUGGCUGUUGAUUUUCGUGCCAGCUUGCACGAGUCCGCGUGUCGGACAAGGAUUCGGGUCGGCGAAGCGGAAGCGCCUGGCUAGAAUAUUGUGAAGCUCUGCCAACACGAAGAUGAGUGUAAG